AUGUUCUCUUCGUCUCCAUCGUUUCCUUCAUCUUCUUCGCCUUCAGUUAUGAUGCUUCAUGAACAAGCUAUUCCAGCAGUUGCAUCCUGGUCUUCUAGUUCUGCAGCUCGGCAUUUUCCUACUUCCGUUCUUUUACAAGAACAGCGUGAGGAGUAUAGGCCCCUAUUGCAUGUUUAUAAUAAGGAGGAAACAUUAACUACAAGGCAGAUGGAUAUGCUUCAAGAGAAAAAUAACGCAUGCAAUGCUGAUAAGUUUGUGCAUGACUUUGUUCAGCAGUUGCAUCUCCGGUCUCAUUUACAGAACUUAUUGACUUGUUUUCCGACAAGGGCAAUUGUUGCUUCUUCAACUCUUCAACCUGUUGAUAAUGACUCAGAGAGGCCAGCAGAUGGUCUGUUGAGGAAUGCGAUCUCUCUUGCUCAACCAGCUUUGUCAGCCUCAAAGCAAGCAGUUUCAAUAGCUGAGGAGAUGACAUCAAUUGAAGUUGAUGAUGAUGAUGAUCCACUUUCUUUUGGUUUGGCCUCCACAAGUUUGGCUGACUCUUCACUCAAAAAGAAUAAAAUUGUGAGGUCGACCCGAAUUAUAGAAAGGCAAUCUAAACAAAGAAAAUCAUCAAAGUCAAAAGUUCUUGAUGAAGAAAGUCACCUUGAAAGAAAAUCUGACGUACAGAGAAGGUUACGAUUAGAAAAGAAAUUAAACGAAGGGUAUGAUCAAAAUGACCCCUUGCGUUUGUUCUUGUCGGGUCCUGAAUCAAGGCAACUUUUAACCCGUGAAGAAGAGUCUCAAUUGAUUACUCAGCUUCAGGAUUUAUCAAGAUUGGAAAAAGUAAAGAUCAGGCUUCAAUCUCAGUUGAGGCGGGAACCAACUUUAGCUGAAUGGGCUGAUGUCUUGGGCCUUAGUACUUGUGCCCUGCAGACGCAGCUUCAUUGUGGUAACAGAAGCAAAGAAAAGCUGUUUCAUGCCAAUAUGCGCAUGGUAGUUCACAUUGCUAAACAUUAUCAGGGACGUGGUCUCAGCCUUCAGGACUUAUUUCAGGAGGGAAGUACGGGUCUUAUGAAGAGCAUUGGCAAGUUUAAACCUGGAGCUGGUUGCCGGUUUGGUAGUUAUGCAUACUGGUGGAUAAGGCAUUCAAUAAGGAAGGCCAUAUUUCUACAUUCCAGGACAAUCCGAAUGCCGGAGAAUUUAUAUCAACUUUUGGGCAAGGUCAUAGAAGCAAAGAAAUCAUACAUUCAGGAGGGAAAUAUUCACCCCACCAAAGAAGAAUUGGCAAGAAGGGUAGGAAUUACUAUAGACAAGUUGGAAACUUUACUAUUUGCUUCAAGAAAUCCAAUUUCGAUGCAGCAAACUGUGUGGGCAGACCAAGAUACAACUUUCCAGGAGAUUACUGCAGACUCUGCAAUUGAGAUCCCAGAUGUGUGUGUUUCAAAACAGCUAAUGAGGAGGCAUAUGCACAGCCUCCUAAAUAUGUUAAGCCCCAAAGAAAAGAGCAUAAUCAGGCUAAGAUAUGGUAUUGAGGAUGGCAAGGAAAAAACGUUGUCAGAUAUUGGCAAGGUGUUUGGUUUGACCAAGGAAAGGGUCCGGCAGUUGGAGAGCCGAGCAUUGUCCAAGCUCAAGCAGUGUAUUGAAAGUCAAGGGCUUGACGCAUACAUAGACUUGCUUAUAUAG